AUGCCUGACCCGAGAAUGCCUGACCCGAGAAUGCCUGACCCGAGGAUACUUGACCCAAUGAUGUUUGACCCAAGAAUGGCUGACCCAACGACACCUUACCCGAGGAUGCCUGACCCGAGGAUUCCUAACCCGAGGAAGGCUGACCCGAGGACGCCUGACCAGAGAAUGCCUGACCCGAGGACGCUAGACCCUAGAAUGCCUGACCCGAGGAUGCCUGACCUGAGGACGCCUGACCCGAGGAUGCCUAACCCGAGAAUGCCUGAUCCCAGAACUCCUGACCCGAGGAUGCCUGACUCGAGGACGCCUGUCCCGAGAAUGUCUUAUUGGAGAAUAUGUCUGACCCGAUAA